CCCAUUGCUCACAGUUUCACGUCCCUUCGUCGAAACCCUAGACUUCUCUCUCUCUGUGUGUGAUCCACGACUCCUCCGCCCAAAAAUGGCAGAGCCUCUUGACAUGAGCUUAGAUGACAUCAUCAAGAACAACAGGAAAUCCGGAUCCGGAAACUCCAGCUUCAGGGGUCGCGGCGGAGCUCCCGGACCGGGCCCCUCUCGCCGAUUCCGCAGCCGUGGUCUUAAUAGAGCAGCGCCGUAUUCUACUCCCAAGGCGCCCGAGGCGGCUUGGUCACACCACAUGUUUGUAGAUCAUGGGGCGGCGUAUCCUUCGCAGCCACCGCGGGCCUCUGCUAUCCAAACUGGGACCAAGCUUUAUGUAUCUAAUUUGGACUAUGGUGUCUCCAACGAGGAUAUCAAGGAACUGUUUUCUGAAGUUGGCGAUCUGAAACGGUAUUCUAUUAAUUAUGAUAAAAGUGGGAGAUCAAAGGGAACAGCGGAAGUAGUUUUUUCGAAACAAUCAGAUGCUAUAGCUGCUAUAAAGAGAUACAACAAUGUUCAGCUAGAUGGGAAACCCAUGAAGUUGGAGAUUGUGGGAACAAACAUCGUGACACCUGUUGUACCUGCUGCUUCAAAUGCCAUUGCCAGCUUUGGGAAUUCAACUGGAUUUCCAAGAGGAGGACGUGCACUGGGCGUGGGCCGAAGCCGAGGAGGUGGACGAGGUCGUGGUCCUGGGAGAGGUGGUCGUGGACGUGGAAGAGGUCGUGGUGAAAAGUUAUCGGCUGAAGAUCUAGAUGCUGAUUUGGAGAAGUACCAUGAAGAAGCAAUGCAGAUCAAUUAAUGCAUUUGGGAUCAUUUUCUGGGGCCUGAUAUCCCUACCCUCGUUAAGUGCUUGAUGAUAAAUGUGAUAAGGACACCCUUUUCUAUUUUGCGAGUCAUAUCAUGAAGCCGUGACCUUGAGAGAACCGUUAAGGGACCUUCAUAUGAUGUGGAGUUUGGGCUUGAAUUGUUGUUUGUUGCUGUAGACUAUAAAGAGGUGUUUAUUAAUGCUUGAAUAUGUAAUCUCCUGUUAGUCGUCUAUUUUAAUUUGCUCCAAUCCUAUUUAUUUUCCAUGAAAGUUGAACCGGAACUGGGAAAGUCGUCCACACUCCUCGUCCACAUGGAAGGAUUUGGCGCAUGACUUGGAAGUAUUGAUUCUAACAUAAUCAACCACAUCGCCUGGUGUCUGAGGCCAAACUUUUCUGUGAUUGGUUUUAUGAAUUAAAAGUAAUGAGUUAGAUCUUCUACUUAUUGGCAUGGAGGGAGGGGUGUGGAGAUGAUUACCAAGAAGCCAAAAGACUAGAGGAAAAAUGCUACUGUCAUUGGACUCCAAGAGGAGAAAUUCGGUUGCAGUUGGUCGUCGGAUGCUGAUAUCUAAUAUAUAUUUUUACAUGAUUGGCCCUUUUCACUUCUGUUUAAAGUUUUCUGAGAUUCAAAUUUGGUUUGUUCACAUUUGAUGAAUUGAAAGCUUGUCUGCAAUUGAUUCACUAAGUCAAACAUAGGGGUAAAAAUGUUUACCCCUAACCUUUUGCAAUAGAUUUUGACAGAAAGCAGAGUAAGGUGAAAAUAACAGUAGCAAAAACAUGCUUUGAGUUUGAAUUCGAUUGAUGGUGGUGCAGUUGGGUAAUUGCAGCUGUGAAGGGAUUCUAUUAAAGUUUUUGAAAUGCUUACAAGUGCUUUUUGUA